AUGAUAAUACAAAAGCAGUAUGAAUAUGUUUGCAAAACUGAGAAAAAAUUAUAAAAAUAAAGUUCAUAUGAAAGAAUUGUGAACAGUAAGUUUUUAAUACCUAGAUCUGAAUAAAAUUAACAAGAUGGCCAAUAUAAUACAGUCAAUUUUUAGGCUUAAGCUUUUUACAGCUAAGCCUAAAAAUUGUCACAAAUAAUCCCUGUCUGUGAUCCUUAAACAAAUCCACUAAAUGACAUGUACUUGAUACCAAACAUUUAGAGUUAAGAAUAGGACAAUAGCUUCAUAAAGACUUGUAACGAUAUAAAAUCAAUAAAUGAACUUGAUGAAACAUAUAUUCGAUUACAAAACGAAUAAGUAGUGUUAUUGGAUAACAAUAAAAAUGAUUAGUAAACAUUUAAACCAUUUUUAUCUUCUAAAUGGAAUAGAGACAGAAAUUAUGAAUCUCCUAUAAAGUAUCCCCAUAAGGCAUUAGUAUCAAAAGGUAAUAAAAUCAUAGAAAUAGAAAAUACAAACGAAGCGAGAAAGCAUUUGACCAACUUGAAAAGACACCUUAUACACAAGCUGAAAAAUUUAGAAUCAGAAAGAGAUUUUUAAACAAGGUUUGAAAAUGUAGAUAACUAGCUAUAUAAAUAAAGACAAAGUAAAUAUAAUCCUGGAUUGAAUGAGUCUUUUAAAGUAUAGCAAGAAACAAGAGCUGAUAUUCCAGAGAAGUAGUUAGGCCCAUAGUUUUAACUUAGAUUUAAUAAAAGAGAAAUUUGUGACCAAUCAAAAAUAUCACUCAUUGAUGAUCAAACAAGAGAGUAGCUUAAAGAGGAAAUUUUUAUGAGAGAUGAAUUGACUAACUUUAUUAAAGAUAAACAAGCCAACAGCAAUAGAAAAAAGUGGAAUUUAUAAUACAAGCUUUAGCCUAUAACUAACCCAUUAAUACCUUAAGAACUCAGAAGAAAGCAUAAAUAUGCAAAUCCAAUUUUAGAUUAAACAAGCUUUUUGAUCAAUGAGGUUUAUUACGAUAAAGAAUUUGAAGCUUAAAUAAAUCCUUUACUUUCUAGUGAUAAGCAGAAAGUGUUAGGAUAAACAUUUUCUCAUCGCUUUAAUAACAGUCCUUUAGUUUUAUACAGAAAAGGAAGAUCAAUGUCAAGAGAUUAUCCAUAUAAUAGAGGGAUAUUUGAAAUAACUUAAAUCAACAAAAAAAAUAAUAACUUAAAUUAAUCAUUUUUAUGA